CAACAACUUCCUGUUUGUCUGCGCUCUCAGGCCAGAGCAAUCGAAUGUCGACGUAGAUCUCCAGUCAUAACAUCCGCUAGAGAAGUCGAGAUAAUCAUGGAUCUACACUAGAGUACACAAUUACAAGCCCAAAAGCAGAGCAGGAUUCAAAAAUGGAUUUUGGCGAGAACCCCGGGUCUGAGUCGGAAUCAGACUACCUUCCUAGUCCCACUGCCCCAGAACCUGAACCCAAUGUGACUGUGAAGGAAGAGGAAGAGGGAGAUAGUGACAUGGCUGAUCCAGGCCACCUCCCAGGUCCCACCGUGGCAGAAAGACCAAGAUUUAAUAUGAUUAUCAAAGAAGAGGAGGAGGAAGAUGAUGAAGCAGAAGCAGAGGAAGAUGAAAUGGUUUACCCAGGAGACAGGAUAAAGUCGGACCCAGACUAUCUUCCAGAAGUGACCGUGGCAACAGGGCAACCACAACACCAGAAGAAGAAGGCUGCGAAGAAGCUUCAUCCAUGUCCUGACUGUGGGAAGACAUUUGACAGACCAUCACACCUAGAGAGACAUGAGAAUACCCACACCAGAAUCAAGAAGCUGGCCCCCGACUACACUUGUUCGUACUGUGGCAAGAUCUUCGCUAAACCGUCAAAGCUGGCUCGGCACGAGCGAGGACACACCGGAGAGAAACCGUACUCUUGCUGCAAGUGCGGGAAGUGCUUCGCCGAGCCGGGGCACCGGAAGAGCCACGAGCUGACGCACAAUGAAGAGAGACCGUACACCUGCGCGGACUGCGGGAUAGGCUUCUUCAACCAGUCCAAGUUGCAACGGCACCAACGCACACACACAGGUGAGAAACCGUACUGCUGCACUGAAUGUGGGAAGACCUUUGCUCGGUCAGGAGGCCUAAAGACUCACUGGCUAAGCCACACGGGAGAGAGACCAUACCUCUGCUCUGACUGUGGGAAAAGCUUCUUCAGCUCUGGGGACCUGAAAGUCCACCACUUGACCCAUACCGGAGAGAAACCACACUGCUGCUCCGUGUGCGGGAAGGGUUUCGCGCAGAGGGGGAACAUGAGGGCUCAUGAACGGUCUCACUCGGGGGAAAGGCCUUACAGCUGUGCCGACUGCGGGGCCAACUUCGCCCAUUCUAACUAUUUAAAGAUACACCGGCGCAUUCACACGGGAGAGAGACCCUUCCCUUGCCCCGUCUGCGGCAAGAGGUUUAUUCUAUCCGGGCACCUCGGAAGACACCAGAAAACACACAUACCCAAAAACAACACUUAGGAGAACACACAUAUCCAAACACACACGGGACACACUCAUGAGCUUACUGAAGUAUAUUUUAUUUGCAUAUAAUCAUGAACUACAAUGAAACGGAUGAAGAACAAAAAAUAAAAGACAUGGUAAAAGUCCUGAGAGAGCGAGGGUAAGGGAUGCUCCCCCGUGAAGCUCCGCCCUCAACACUCCUCUUUCCAUACUGUGUCCCAAAUGACACCCUGUUCCCUAUAUGGUGCACUACCGGGUCAAAGGUCAAACCUAUAUAGAGCAGAGGGUGCCCAUUGGCCUCUUCCACUGUUUUAAUCUAAACAUUGUAUAGAAUUGAUUUGGCAGGUUGUUGUAUGUAUAUAUGUAUAUAUAUAUAUGUUGUGUGUCUUUGUCCUGAACGUUUUUGGUGGUUUUCAUAAUGUGAGAGCUCUGGUGAGUAAAGUUUCUAAUGUAGUUAGUUACCUGUAAACCACAGUUUCGGCCUCUCCUGGUAGGCAAAGUCUCUUCAGAUCAUUUAAGCACGACUUUUUCCACAUUUUGUUACGUUACAGCCUUAUUCUAAAAUUGAUUAAAUUGUCCCCCCCCCUCAAUCUAUACACAAUACCCCAUAAUGACAAAGCAAAAAGGCCUGUCUUUACAGUCCCUGCUGCUGAAAAACAUCACCACAGCUUGAUGCUGCCACCACCAUGCUUCACCGUAGGGAUGGUGCCAGGUUUCCUCCAGACGAGACGCGUGGUUUCAUCAGACCAGAUAAUCUUGUUUUUUAUGGUCUGAGAGUCCUUAGGUGCCUUUUGGCAAAUUCCAAGUGGGCUGUCAUGUGCCUUUUACUGAGGAGUGGCUUCCAUCUGGCCACUCUACCAAAAAGGCCUGAUUAGUCUAGUGCUGCAGAGAUAGUUGUCUUUCUUGAAGGUUCUCCGCCGAGGAACUCUGGAUCGGGUUCUUGGUCACCUUCCUGACCAAGGCCCCUCUCCCCCGAUUGCUCAGUUUGGCCUGGGCGUCCAGCUCUAGGAAGAGUCUUGAUGGUUCCAAACUUCUUCCAUUUAAGAAUGAUGGAGGCCACUGUGUUCUUGGGGACCGUCAAGGCUGCAGGCAUUUUUUUGGUACCCUUCCCCAGAUCUGUGCCUCGACACUAUCCUGUCUCGGAGCUCUAUGUACAAUUCCUUCAACCUCAUGGUUUGGUUUUUGCUCUGACAUGCACUAUCGACUGUGGGACCUUUAUAUAGACAGGUGUGUGCCUUUCCAAAUCAUGUCCAAUCAUUUGAGUUUACCACAGGUGGACUCCAAUCAAGUUGUAGAAACAUCUCAAGGAUGAUAAAUGGAAACAGGAUGCACCUGAGCUCAAUUUGGAGUCUCAUAGCAAAGGGUCUGAAUAAGGUAUUUCAGUUUAUUUUUUUCAGAUUUUGCAAAAAUGUAUAAACACUGUUUUUGCUUUGUCAUUAUGGGGUAUUGUGUGUAGAUUGGUGAGGGAAAAACAUGACAUUUAAUCCAUUUUAGAAUAAGGCUGUAAUGUAACAGAAUCUGCAUAAAGGAAAAGGGUCUGAAUACUUUCUGAAUGCACUGUAUAUUCUGAAAGUAACGCAUUGCUAACUAUAGUUAUUGUUACUCAAAUACAAAGUGUAAUUAGUUAUGAUACCUUGUUACUGAUUCAAGUAAUAAUAUUAUUGUACCACAUUAUUUUACUGACAAGUUAACCCACAACCCUGGUGAAAUGGACAUCAAUAUACAUAAAUUAGUUUCCAAGAGGAGCGUGGCUGGCUGGUUAAAUUGCGACAAUGGAAGUUGGUUUAGAAAGUAUUGGUUUAUGCCGAUAGAAAGUGAAUGGCUUUCUGGAGGAAUAAGACAAUUUAAUUCAAAUGUGACCCUCGUCAUAAUUCAUACUCUUUAGUACAUUUUCAUAUUAGAAUAUAUAAAAAAAAAUUGUACUUCAGGUAUCACGACGAGGAAAAUGAGUUAAAUACGUACAUAAUUGACCAGCUUGGCAGCAAACACCAUUAUGAGAUCAGGGUCUGUAUCCACAAGACAUCUCAGAAAAGGUCCUAGGAAUCCUGUUAAAACCUGUUAAGACUACUAAACACUCCCAGCUCAGAGGAAGUUUUAGGAUGAUGUUAGGACACAGACAAACUGAGCCCAGAGUACAAAUCAACUCAUACAUUUCUGCAUAUUGAUCCUUUAACAUAAACCCUAGAUGCCUUCAAUUGCCUCCAAUUUAUAGCCAUAUUUUUUGUUUAACAAUGUGAUGUUGUGCUCCAAAGGGAUUACUUGGAACAAAUAACAUGAUUGAAUCAUCGAAAGAAAAACAUGUUUAAUUUGCCUAGUGGUUAUAAAUAUUUAGGCAUGUCGUGUGAAAUUUACAAAACAAAGAAAUAGGCCUUGUAAAAUCAUUGUAAAAAGAGCAAGAAAUACUGUUGCAUGUAGGUCUAGAUUACUUCUGGAUUGAUCGUAUAGAAAUAUCAAAACAUUCUUUGAACAACUCCUAACCACUGUCCCGCUGCCUUUUUCUAUUACCAAGACACCUGCUGGUAACUCUUAACUGGUCAGGACAGCUCAUGAGGUCUCCUAAAUAUCUGUCCACUAGGUGGAACUCAUGACUAAAGAGGCUUCAUGCAUAGAUUUGAUUUUUA